CUUCGUGCGUCGGGUGGUCUGCUGCAAACUAAAGUUGUUGUUUCUUUAUUGUUUUGUAUAAUUAUCUAUAAUUGAAUAAAGUGUCUGAAUUCUAAUAUAACGUGUUUUUGCCAUUCGCUUUAACAAUUGUUGGCUUCUUAACUUUAUUUUUGGGCUCGUGUGUCUGCAAGCCAGACCUGCUGGUGGUGGUAACGCAUCACAAAGUUGUCGACCGCUAAAGAUCGAAGAAGAAACACGGAACUGUCACAGCAUGAUGCCAAUUCAUACCUGUGACUGAAGAACUAGCAUUGUUCAGCUUCAGGUUUGAAUCAGUCCGGGACAGUCUUUAUGCGGUUUCUGCCUGUUAACACAAUGGCGUCUGACAAACAGCAUUGCUCGUGCUGCUCCCAUCCAGUCUCCUCUCCUAGUGUUUACCAGACGCUGAAUGAAAUGGAAUUUGAACGAGGUAUCUGGUCUUCUGCAAUGGACGGGAACUUGGAGAGAGUUGAGUCCUUGGUCCAGAAGGGCACAGACCCUAACCUGAGAGACUCAUCUGGAUACACAGCACUGCACUACGCAAGUCGCAGUGGUCAUCUCGCUGUGUGCAAGUUUCUUCUUGAGAAUGGUGCCUGUGCAUCUCCCCAGACACCAGGCGGUGCCACACCACUCCAUCGAUCAGCCUACUGCGGUCACCUGGAUGUGGUUAGACUCCUUGUGCACCACAGGGCAGAUCCAAUGCUCUGUGAUGACGAUGGUGCAUCCCCUUUACAUAAGGCUGCAGAACAGGGUCAUGAAGAGGUGUGUCAGCUGCUUCUUGAGCACUGUCCUACACUCUGCAGCCAGGUGAACAAAAGGCUCCAGCUACCCUACCAGCUGGCACAGCAGGGAGAUCUGCAGGAGCUCUUAAAACCGCCUCGGUGACGACGGACACACUGCAUCUGAGUUGCUAAGAUCAGACAAAUGAUAUGACCUCAAAACAUGCUAGGUGAGGUCCACUUAAGUCAGGAUCAUGUUGACCUGGAUUCACUACAUUGGGCUGCUUUUUUCUCAAAUGAACAUCAGAAGAGAGCCACUGAAUGAAACAGGGUGAACACGACAUUACAUUUUCUAGCUUUAUACAUAAAAAUCACCCUGUUUUUGAUUUCUAGUUUACUGCUUGUGUAAUAAUUACACAUCCUAAGCUAUAGAAACCUGUAAAACCUGCCAAAUAACACCAGUUUCCACUGUCUGCUACUGCUGCACUCCUAUCAGGUAAUUGUCAAAUAAAAUAAAAAGUAAUUGUAUUUAAUUAA